AUGUUUCUGCUGCAGGGAGAGUCACCAGCAAGACGAACAUGGCUGAAAGCUCUUCAGCUUCUGCUGCGACUCCAUCGAAGCCCGUUGUGGUUAGGGUCAAACGAAAACCCUCUCAAUCUCCACUUGAUGCUUUCUGGUUGGAAAUCAAUGAGAGGCCAUUGAAACGCUCUCUUCUGGAUUUUGGAAAUCUGUCAAUUUCUGAUUCUGCUCAGAAGGUGGAAUUUAAUAACAAGAAGGUUUUCGUGCAACGUGUGGAGACAAUAAGCAGCUCUGAGGUCACCCUUGAUAUUGUGCAAUCCUUUGUGGAUCCUGGUUCAAGUCGUGCAUCUGAAUCUAAGUCAAACAUUGAGCAAAGGAAGAGCUUCUUCAAAAAAGAUAAUCGUGCACGGAAGCAAGAUCAACUCUUAUCUAAAGCUAAACAAGAUAAAGAGUCUCUAGCAAAAGAUGCUCGCUUUGAACAAAUAUGGAAGAGUAGGAAGGGAAACAAAGAGACAGAACAUGAGAAGGCGUUACAAGAAAUAUGCAACUUCUAUGACAUUGUCCGUGUUGAGGAGCAACAGAAAGAAAUGACCUUGGAGGAUCAAAUACUUUUGUCUAGUUACCUCCCUAUGCUAAGAGAGUUUAUUCCUGAUGCUGCUUCAGAGAUUGAAGCUGAUAUGGUUGCUCAUUCCAAAAAAGAGGAUUAUGUUUAUGACCUCUACACUGUGAAUGAUGAGGUGGACGUUGAAGAUUCUUCAUAUUCUUAUCCAUUAGUUCAAGUUGAUGAAGAAGAAGAAUAUUAUCAUGAGCUAGAUGACUUGGAUGAUGAAUCCGAUGACUCAAAUGCUGAGAACCAUCCAAUGAAUGAGUAUCCGGAUGAGGAGGAAUUUGAAGAGGAGGAUGAAGAAGCGGUUGAAGAUUCUGAGUUUGAAUUAGAAGAACCUGAGAGUGACAAUUCUAGUAAUAAAUCAUCAGAGGAGAAUCUUGAGCACCAUGCUGUUUCCAAACAUGUAGCUGAUCCAUUGUAUGACGAGGAGUUUGAUGAUUAUGAAGGCGCAAACGAUGAUUCUGAGGAUGAAGAUUGGAGGUGAUCUUACCGAUGAAGCUACCUUCAAAUUUAGUUAGGAAAAAUGUUAAAUCUAAAAAAAAGGGAAUGUCGUGGUCUAAUCAAACCUAUUGUGCAGAGUAAUCGAAUUAUACAUAUAUUCCUGGAGAAAAAUGUUGGCAUUAGUUUCAAACGUAAAAACUAAAGACUAAUGGUAAGUGUUUAGUUAUGGAUGGUGUAGCAUACUACUUUGUUUGUUGGCUUGUGUAUUGUGCAUUUUAGCGCGAUUCUAUGAUAUUGUGAAUGUGAUAGUGAUGAUUUUCGUGGUAA